AUGGCAAAUCAUCAGUCUCAUGCGGUGUGUAGCGUUUGCAACGGUAAUGGAGUCGCCUGCGCCAGCAACACUACAUUUCAACUUUGUUUUAACGGCAUAACCGACACAACCGUAACAUACAACUGCCUCAAUGACAAUGAAGUGUGUACCGCGCUGGGCCGAAUUUGCAUUGAUUCCUCCAGCAAUCCAAAUAUACAGGCUGCCUGUGGCGAUACUAAGCAGUGCGGCCAAUGUGAAGGCAUUGCAAAUGGCGCCUACACUUGCACCAGCCGCACCACAUUCACCAUGUGCACGAACAACAAUCUGACCAGUGUGCGCGGGUCCUGCCGAAGCGGAACGGUGUGUCGCACGUCGGUGGCACAUAGUGGCCAGACGCCUUGUGUUAGUGAGUGCUUAUUGAAUGUAACCGAUAUGUGUGAUGUUGGUGUGGCCGUGGACGCCCCACCAAACGAUGACUCGGCUAUUACUACGGUGAUAUUUCAACCUACGCCAUCCUUGACGACAGUUGCAACAUCUAGCGGUACAUCGUCAACAGCAACAACCUCCGCAGAACCAACUUCGUCUAGUCAAUCUCCGGUAGCAUCGUGUUCAGAUCGCACGCAAGUUGGACGUUACCCCAAUACAGCGGACAGUGGUUGCAGCAGCUAUCUUUAUUGUUUGAGUUCCGUGUCUGGUUUGGUUGGGCGUAUAAUGUCAUGUCCCGCAGGAAAAUAUUUCAAUUCAGAUAUAAGCAACUGUCAAAGCACUAAACCAAAUGGCUGUGUCACUUUCUACUUUUGCGUUUUCCUUGAUGCAACAUCUGCUGAAUGCAAUGUCUGCCAGACAAAUCAAGUUGCCUGCAUCAAUUCAACGUCCUUCUAUCUCUGUUUCGGCGAAAGUACCCCUAACAUGGACACACUGUAUCAUUGCAAGAAAGGAUUCGAAUGCACCGAAUAUGACGCCAUCUGUCUGCAAGCGAGUGUAACACGUCCGCCGAGUUGCGGCUCCACAUCGCUUUGUGGGCAAUGCACAGCACAACGCAAUGCUUUAUUUGCCUGCCUGAGUCGCACUACCUUCCAGAUGUGCUAUGGCGGCCUACAUGCCACCGGUCAGGUGGGCUAUUGUCCCACCGGAUUUGUUUGUGAUGCAACCAGUGAUGUGGUUUGUGUGAGUACCGCUAGUUCGUACACUGUCACCUGUGAUGUCGUGGAUUCUUCGACUACGACGACUUCUUCAACUUCAACAAGUUCGAGUACAAGUACUACGACUACAACAACCUUGAGCCCAACUACAGAUAAUCCAUUAACGCCGAAUGAAGUUUGUUCGCAAGAAAGCUUUGCUGGUCUCUAUCCGACAGUGCCUAGUGAUCCAUACUGUAAAAGAUACGUUCACUGUCGUCUCGUUAAUGGUGUUUUGACCGGCAUCGAAUAUUCGUGUACGACUAACACUUACUAUAGCAUAGAAAAUCGAGUGUGUACCAUCUACAAGCCAACUUACUGUCUCUGAAUAUUACAUAUGCAAAUAAAUUGAGUUCUCAAACUUGGUAUGGGUCAAGAAAA